AUGUCAAAUAUUGAAUUGAUAGAUAUACUAAGAGUGAAAAGAAUCCUAGAAAUAAUAUCAAGUGAUUUAAAUACAAAAGAUUACUUAAAUUUCCAGCUUAUUAAUAAAUUGGUGUACAACACCACUCAAGAGUUUAUUGAACCUGAAAUAUGGCUUAAAAAAUUGCAAUUAAUGGGAUUAAAGUAUACUAUUGAUCCCGAAUUGUUCAAUUUGAAUUUGGAGGAUCAUACUGAUCCCUUGAAUUCGGCAUUUUAUCCGGAUACCGCACUAGAUAGUAUUAUCAAUGGAAAUAGUACAGUUUAUUUCAAUAAAUCGCAAGGCAAACAGAUAUACAUUGCCCUUUUCAAGUGUUAUUCUCCAUAUAUCGAUAAAUUAUACAAUAAUGAUAUAAAUAGCAGCAUUUUCCCAUCUGAAUAUUCUCAAGAUCCAUUGAAACAAGCCAAGAUAUUAAACGGUAUAAAUUUGUUUAACGAAUCGAACUCAUUAUCGGACUAUUCGUAUUAUAUGAAAAUUAAGGAAAAAUGGAGUAUAUUUCGAGAAAUUUUUAUUAAUUCAGUUUUAAGGGAACUGGAUUCGGAUUUUGGCAACAAAUCUAUUUUUAUCGAGGUCUUAUUGGAAUUGAAGGAAGAAAACUUAUGUAUUGAAUAUUUUAAAUCUUUGGGUGACAUAACUUCAGAAGUACUGAAAAAGGGAAACUAUCUUGAAACAUUGUUUACAGAAACUGUUACUAACACAGAUUCUAAAGAUAGUUGCAGGCUUGACCAAUCAAAAUUAGAUCAGUUUUUUAAAGAUUUAACUAAUUUUUUUAAUAAUAGAAUCAAACAAUGUGAUGAUCUUUUUCAUGAUAAAUACCCUAUUAUAGUAAACUAUUCAGAAGCUGUUAUACGUGAUAAUCUAACUGUGUUUACCUCGGAGCUAUUUGCUUCUGAUAACAAUGAUAGACUUAAAUACUUUCCCAAAUUCUACACCUAUCUUAUCAAAGAUUGUAUAGUGAAAAUUAAUAAAACGCAAAAUGGUGGUGAAGAAUAUCCUAAUAUUUUAAAAUCCUUUAUACACUUAUAUUUUGAACCCAUUGUAUCCAAAUAUUCAGAGUAUCAGGUGGAAGCGUUCCGAGCAGACAUUACUCAAAGAUUGGAUGAAUUUCAAUCAAACGUUAAAAACCGGGAAAAGGAGCAAAACGAAGAAUUGUAUAAUAACAUUAAGAAUAAGCAUGAUGAGAAGACGAAAAAAAGCCAGCAGGAUAUAACUGAAAGUAAAAAUAACUUUUUGACAUCUUUUACUCAAAUUUUAAACAUAGGCCACAAUAAUAAUAGUAAAAGAGAGGAGGAGCAAAUCAAAAUGGAAUUUGAUCUAACUAAGAUGACUAACACUUUACAAAAUAUUAAAUUAUUAGUUAGUUUGGAUUUAUGCAUGAACGUUCUUUCUUUAGCAAAAGAUGAUAUUGAUAACAUCUGUACUUUUUUAGGGUUUGAAAACAUUAAACUGGAGCUAAAAGUUCAUUGUCAAGCAAUUUUUAAAAUAAUGAUUGAUGAGAUCAAUGAAAAGCACAUCAAGCCCGCAUAUAUUCGAGCACUAAAUUUAUUAAAUGAAUAUGAUCCAGAUGACACAAUAGAAAAGCAAGAACCUGUGAGUGUGAGGGGGCAGCAACUGACUGUUGUGGAACCGUUGGUAAAAUUCACCGAAUUAAUGAAUAUUGGAGAUAUUAUUUUACAGAUGAUUUCUAUUUUUUACAAAAAUGAAUUGGUUCGAAAAAAAAUAAUAGAUAAAAAUAAAGAUUUUUUAAACGAUGUUGUUUACAAAAAAAAGUCGUUUGAAACAUUAGUGGAUGACUUUGUCGCUGAUGGUUUAAACACAGGUAUUAACAAGCUCAUCAGUGAAAUUGAGUUUGCGUUUAAUACUUUACAAAUGGCAGAUGAUUUUAAUCCUCCCAAAACUAGUUUUGCAACAACACCGACUUCGACGAGAGAUCUGAAACCUACAAAGUGUGCGAUUACAGUUGUAGAAAUGCUAUUUCAUCAUUGUUUUCUUUUAAAUGGGGUUACUGAUAAGGGUACCACAGACGUUUAUCAGCAAGAGAUUGGAGAAAGAUUUUUUCAACAAGUGGUUAAAAAUAUAAAAAAAAAUUUAAUUUCUGUAGAUGGUGCCGUAUAUUUGAUUUGUGAUUUAAACUAUUAUUAUGAUUUUAUUUGUUACAAAUUAAAACAGAAGCAAAUUGUGAAAUUGUUUACUGGAUUGAAAUCUGUAGGGCAAUUAUUUUUAAUUGAUGGUAAAGAUUCUAAGGAGUUAGGUAGAAUGAUUUGUGAUGUGGGGAAGUUUAAUGGUAUAUUUUCACAGGAGGAAGUAUAUGAACUUAUUCAAAGGAGGGCUGAUUGGUAUAGAGUUAAGAAAAAUGUGGAAAGAAUAAUGUAUGGAUUAGGAUUUGGUGAAUGUAUAAUAAGCUAA